CCCCGGCUGUUUGCUGCUGCAAGUGCGGGGCGCCCGAUCUGCACCGCGGUGGCCGCUGCUGAAAGUGGGCUGACUGAUGGAUGCAGAGGAACUCAAGCGCCGUUCCUCGCCUUGGCAACCGCUUCAACAUGGCGACGGCGGGCUCUGCUCCAGCUUCGGGGAUCACCAACCCCGGCUCUGGCUUUAGCCCGCUGCCAAUCCGAAGGCCGGCCUCGCACCAUAAUUGGCCGCAACCUCAGUCACCGUCCGGCUAUCCCUUCAUCUCCCAUCCUCAACCCCCAGUCCAGCCCCGAUCCUCACCCCAACCCGCUGUUCCAGUCUCAGUCCACAGGCCCUGCAUGAGUAAUUAAAUACCGGCUUCCAAACAUUAGCAUUUAAUUGUCAGAUUUUCACAACCAUCUAGAAAUAUUUGCCAUUGAAACAACUUUUUAUGUGAGAUUUUUGAAAAUGAGUUGAUAUUGAUUUUUAUCUCCGAUAAGCAAAUAACUGGUGCAUUUUCUCUCUUUCCCUCUCUCUUUGCUUACUUUCUUAAACAUGCCAGCGGCGCCCCGCUCGUCCACAUGCAGGCCAAGAAAAGGUAUCUUCUAGUGUCAUUCGGCGCUUGUCUCUUGCUGCUUUUCUACCUGGGAGGAGCGCGGGUCCGACUGUCUCCCGCAAAUUUAUCUUCAUCAUUAUCGACGGAUCAUCUUCACCACGACCUGGUCCCAAUCAGACGCCACUGGCCCGUGUGGAAAAACCUAUUGAAUGGCUAUUUUAGCUCGGAAGACGGACGGAACGAUGAAAAGGAGGCAACCCACAUUGGCCUCAACCGUGGACUUUCCCCAAGGCAGAAGAGGGCGAUCAAGGCGAACGUUUACAAGAAUCGAAAAUGCAGGAUGGAGACUUGUUUCGAUUCCUCUCUCUGCCAAGGAAACGGAUUGAAAGUGUAUAUCUACCCGCUUCAAAGGGGGGAGAAGAUUUCUGAAGGUUACCAGAAAAUCCUUACCACUAUCGAGGAUUCUAGGUAUUAUACAUCAGAUCCGAGACAAGCAUGUUUGUUUGUCCUCAGCAUCGAUACGUUGGAUAGAGAUCAGCUUUCAUUUCAAUAUGUUCAUAAUGUAAAAGCUAAAAUUCAAAGUCUCCCAUUGUGGAAUGACGGGAGAAAUCAUCUUAUAUUUAAUCUAUAUUCAGGAACCUGGCCUGAUUAUACGGAAGAUUUAGGAUUUGAUAUCGGGCAAGCUAUGUUAGCUAAAGCCAGUAUUGGUAUGGAUAACUUCCGGUCAAAUUUCGAUGUGUCCAUCCCCUUGUUUUCCAAAGAGCAUGCUCAAAAGGGAGGCGAGAGGGGCUGGCUUUUGUACAACAACGUGCCACCCACAAGAAAAUACUUACUGGUUUUUAAAGGUAAAAGAUACUUGACUGGCAUUGGAUCAGAAACCAGAAAUGCCUUGUAUCAUGUACAUAAUGGAGAAGAUAUUAUUUUGUUAACCACUUGUAAACAUGGGAAAGACUGGGAAAAACACAAAGAUGUCAGAUGUGAUAAAGACAAUGAGGAAUAUGAAAAAUUUGAAUACCAAGAAUUGCUUCAUAAUUCAAGCUUUUGUCUCGUCCCAAGAGGCAGGAGACUUGGCUCUUUCCGAUUUCUGGAGGCUCUCCAGGCUGCAUGUAUCCCCGUAUUACUGAGUAAUGGAUGGGAGUUGCCAUUUUCAGAGAUCAUAGAUUGGAAUAAAGCAGCAAUUAUUGGGGAUGAGAGGCUUCUUCUUCAGAUUCCUUCAAUAACUAGAUCGAUUCGUCAUGAGAAAAUAAUGGCUCUUAGGCAACAAACACAGUUCCUAUGGGAUGCUUAUUUUUCUUCUGCAAAAAAAAUUGUAUUAACAACUUUAGAGAUCAUACACGAUAGGAUAUAUUCACAUAUAGCAAGAAAUCAAUUCAUAUGGAAUAAACCACCAGGUGGACUCUACAUGCUACCACAGUAUUCUACAAAUUUAGCUGCCCUUCCUUUUUAUUAUUUAAGUUUGGGUAUCAAUCCAAGUGAAGAGUUCACAGCAGUCAUUCAGGCAGUUUCCCCUCUUUUGACACAGUCCCAGCCUAUAGUAAAACUGAUAUUAGCUGUAUCAAGAUCAAAGUACUGCAAACAGAUUGUAGUGUUAUGGAACUGUGAUAGGCCUUUACCUGCCAAGAACAAGUGGCCAUCCACCCCAGUGCCUAUAACUGUGAUUGAAGGAGAAAGCAAGAGUAUGAGCAACCGUUUUUUCCCAUACAGUGUCAUCCAGACAGAUGCUGUCCUCAGUUUAGAUGAAGAUACCGUGCUGUCAAACAAUGAGGUUGAUUUUGCCUUCAUUGUAUGGCAUAGUUUCCCAGACCGGAUAGUUGGUUACCCAGCUCGGAGUCAUUACUGGGACAGCAGCAAAGGGCGAUGGGGAUACACCUCAAAAUGGACCAAUGAAUACUCCAUGGUUCUGACAGGAGCUGCAUUUUAUCACAGAUACUAUCACUACUUAUACAGCUAUUAUUUGCCAGCCAGUCUUCACAACAUGAUAGAUCAGAUGUCCAACUGUGAAGAUAUCCUCAUGAAUUUUCUGGUUUCGGCUAUCACUAAACUUCCUCCAAUUAAAGUCACACAGAAAAAGCAGUAUAAAGAAACAAUGAUGCAGCAGGGAUCAAAGACUUCCCGCUGGGCUGAUCCAGAUCAUUUUGCACAACGCCAGACCUGCAUGAACACUUUUGCUGGCUGGUUUGGCUUCAUGCCUCUUAUUCACUCACAAAUGAGGUUGGAUCCCAUUCUUUUCAAAGAUCAAGUCUCUAUCCUGCGCAAGAAGUACCGGGAGAUUGAGCGAUUAUAGAGGCCCGCUGGAUUGUUGUACUUAGAAGCUUGUGGAAUUUGCCUAUUAUAAAACCCCCAAUUAACUCUUGAUGAUGCUGCAAUGCACAACAAUAAUGGCAACAAGAUUAUUCAACUUUCUGGGGACCAAACAACAAUAACCUUUGUACAGUCUAAAAGAUUGGUGUGCGAUAGGAUUUUGUUCCCAAUCUUAAUAUUAUUUUAUUUUAUCUACUCAGACUGAAAUCUCUGACAAUCGUGCCUGGUGUUUGAGGAUUUUAGGGAUAAACAGCACAUAGCAAAUUUUUGGUCAAAAUUGUACAUUUUCUAUUUAAAGCUUGCAAGGCGAUUGGAGAAGUCAGCUGAAAACAAAUCGGUUUUCUUUUUGCUCCUUUGUUUAAACGUUACAUUUUUAUUAUUUCUAUGUCUAGCAAUUGUAUCUUGGUCAAAAGAACAUUCAACAAGAACAGAAUGCUGUUCAUCAAUUAACUAUAGCUGCAGUAGAAGACAGGUGGUUCAAAGCAAUUUUCAACAUGCACAGUGUUACAUGUUUGCAAUUAUACAUCACACCAGUUUGGAAAAGGAAGGUUAAUGGGUUUGAUUCGUACCAGCUAAAUUUCACGUCGGAUAAAACCAUUGCUCCUGAUGAACAGUAUUACCUGAAAAUAUUGCCAGGAUCACAAUUUGGUACAUUAUUGAACUACAAACUUACAGUAUCAAAUAACUUUAUAUUUUAAUAUAGCAAUUACUAUUCUUAGUAUUUAAAAUACAGCAUUUCUUGCUUUGUGAUCUAAGUAAAUACAAUGGAUGGGACCAAUAGGGAUGUCCUGUGGCACUGAGUUUGCAAUUUCUAGUGGUUCUGCAUUAGUUACAUACUGAGAGUUAUAGUCAUAGAGUUAUACAGUGUGGAACCAGGCCCUUCAGCCCAAUUUGCCCACACCGGUCAUCAAUAUCCCAUCUGCACAAGUCCCACUUGCCUGCGCAUGCACCAUAUCCCUCCAAACCUGUCCUAUCCAUGUACCUGUCUAACUGUUUCUUAAACAAUGGGAUCGUCCCAGCCUCAACUACCUCCUCUGGCAGCUUGUUCCAUACACCCAUCACCCUGUGUGUGAAAUGGUUACCCCUUGGAUUCCUAUUAAAUCUUUUCCCGUUCACCUUGAAACUAUGUCCUCUGGUCCUCGAUUCCCCUGCUCUGGGCAAAAGACUCUUGUGUAUCUACCCGAUCUAUUCCUCUCAUGGUUUUGUACACCCCUAUAAAAUCACCCUUCAUCCUCCUGCGCUCCAUGGAAUGGAGACCCAGCCUACUCAACCUCUCCCUAUACCUCACACCCUCUAGUCCUGGCAACAUCCUCGUAAUUUUUUCUGAACCCUUUCAAGCUUGACACCAUCUUUCCUAUAACACGGUGCCCAGAGCUGAACACAAUAUUCUAAAUGCGGUCUCACCAACGUCUUAUACAACUGCAACAUGACCUCCCAACUUCUAUACUCAAUACUCUGACUGAUGACCAAUGUGCCAAAAGCCUUUUGACCACCUUAUCUACCUGCAACUCAGCCUUCAAGGAACCAUGCACCUGCACACCUAGAUCUCUCUCUGCUCUACAACACUACCCAGAGGCCUACCAUUUACUGUGUAGGUCCUGCCCUUGUUCAACGUUCCAAAAUGCAACACCUCACACUUCUCUGUAUUAAAUUCCAUCAACCAUUCCUCAGCCCACCUGGCCAAUCGAUCCAGAUCCUGCUGCAAUCUUUCACAACCAUCUUCACUAUCUGCAAAACCACUCACUUUUGUAUCAUCAGCAAACUUGUUAAUCUUGCCCUGUAUGUUCUCAUCCAAAUCAUUGAUAUAGAUGACAAACAGGCCCAGCAGCGAACCCUGAGGCGCACCACUAGUCACAGGCCUCCAGUCCGAGAAGCAACCUUCCACAUUCACCCUCUGCUUCCUUUCAUGGAGCCAAUUUGCUAUCUAUUCAGCUCUCUUUCCUUGGAUACCAUGCAAUCUAACGUUUCAGAGCAGCAUACCAUGCAGAACCUUGUCAAAUACCUUACUGAAAUCCAUGUACUCAACAUCUACAGCUCUGCCCACAUCGACCUUUUUGGUCACGUCUUCAAAAAAAAUCUAUCAGAUUUGUGAGACACAACCUCCCACGUACAAAACCAUGCUGACUAUCCCUAAUCAGCCCUUGCCCAUCCAAAUGCGUGGAAAACACCCCUUUUCCCCCUUAUGUAUUUAUAAAAUAUUUUGGGAUUAUCCUUGAUGCUACCCGCCAGUGCUAUCUCCUGGCCCCUUCUUGCCCUUCUGAUUUCCUUUUUUAGUUUACUCCUUAGUUCCCAAAACUCCUCCAGGGAUGCACGAUCCCAGCUGCCUAUACCUGUCCCAUGCAUCCUUCUUAUUUUUGACCAAUCCCUCAAUUUCCCUCGUCAGCCAAGCUUCCUUACAUUUGCCUGCUUUGCCCUUCACUCUAAUGGGGACAUGCACAUCCUGAGCUUUCGUCAGCACACUUUUAAAAACAUCCCACUUGGCCGAUGUUCCUUUCUUCUCAAAUAACCUGCUGCAGUCAACUUGAGCGAGACAUUCUCUCAUAUCCUCAAAGUUAGCCUUACCCCAAUUGAGCAUUUUAACACGUGGACCCUCUCCGUCCUUAUCCAUAACUAUCUUAAACCUCUGAACACUGGAAAUGCAGCAAAAAAUGAAAUUCACAAAUCCAAAAUGAACAGGCCAGUUUUGAAAGAGCAUGGUUCAAGGUUGCUUUUGCUAAUAGUUCUAAUGGUGAGGUGCCCAGGUGACUGGUUGUUUGCAAGCUGUAGGAUUUUUAAAUAUUUUAUUAAAGCAUACAGUUUAAACUUACAGAUUUGUUUAGACUGUAUGCAAAAAUUUUCAAAGAAAAAUAGCCGCAAGGAAUGAUUCAUUUUAAAUUUAGUUCUACUGUCAGGUGAUAAUAAUAUUAGGAAAUAAAUUCAAUACAUAGAUGGCACUUUAUUGUUGUACCCAAAUGUCAAUAUGAAACAUCAGCGUGUUUUGUUUUAUCACUGACUAAAAGAUUCAUCUUUGCUAUAAAUGUGGUUUUCAUAAUGAUACAUUAUUUCCAUGAUGCAAUAGAAGUAACAAUUCUAUGACAAAAAUAUACCAUUAUUGACGGAGUUUUGUUUUAAUUUGCUCAAUAAUAUAUUUACAUACAGAUUCAAGGAGCAGCAGAAAAAGGUGAACGUUUGCUUUAUCGGGUUGCUAUUGAGUAUCAGAACCAACAAGCUUAUUUUUUAAUUAGUAAAUCUUAAUAACUGAUUACAAAAUUGGUAAAUCUUUUUACUUUCUCAUUUAUAAUGUUAGUGAAAUAAACAAUGGCGAUUGGGUCAAGUUUAAUUGGAUUAAAUCACUGUAAUGGAACUGAAAUUAAAUUGAUGACCAAAUUCUCGAUUUCAGCCUGAUUUGCUUUUAAACCCAUUUUCGGAAUCAUUCAUUGGCUCAUUUUGUAAAUUUAUUUUUUGAGUACUCCAUUUAAUCAUUGAGCACUUAUGUGCAAAAAUCAGUUUUGAUAUACAAUCUUUUUUGACUGAUCAGAUUAUUUCCUAUUAAGCUAUUCUUUGGUAAGAUACUGCCAAGUAACUUCUCUUACAAAUGAAAUGCAGCCAAACAUAUAAUAGCUGUGGUUUUCUUGUCCUAUCCCACUAGUUUCUGGCGUUUCUAAGGUGGUUGUUAGGAAAUUUCACAAUGUCCUGACUCCCCCUUACCUGUCAGCCAUACACAUGGUAAAAAUAAGCCAUUGAUUGUGGGAAGAUGCAUGGAAGUCACAACAGAAGCAUGAUCACCAUCAUGCUAUGUGCAAUUUUCCAGUUUUGAAAGGAAACACCAUUUUAGGUCUCAAUAAUCAAAUGCUAAGAUUAGCAGAAAGGCCCAUGCAAGGACACUCUGACAUUAGCUGUGUACAGUUCUGUGCAGAAACAAUGAUUUUCAAGCAGCUUGUUGCCUUCCUUCUACUGCUGCUCAGAACCAGAAACUUGUUACAUUAAGAUAGUAGAAACAUAGAAAAUAGGUACAGGAGUAGGCCAUUUGACCCUUCAAGCCAGCACUGCCAUUGGAUAUGAUCAUGGAUGAUCAUCUAAAAUCAGUACCCCGUUCCUGCUUCUUCUCCAUAUCCCCUGUCUCCCCUAGCCCUAAGAGCGAAAUCCAAGCCUCUCUUAAAAACAUCCAGUGAAUUGGCCUCCACUGCCUUCUGUGAAAGAGAAUUCCACAGAUUCACAACUCUCUUGGUGAAAAGGUUUUUCUGUAUCUCAGUCCUAAAUGGCCUACCCUUUUCUUGAGACCCCUGGCUAUGGACUCCCCUAACAUCAGGAACAUUGUUCCUGCAUCUAGCCUGUCUAGCCUGUAUUUUAUAUGUUUCCAUAAGAUCCCCUUUCAUCCUUUUAAAUUUUAGUGAAAUCAAGUCCAUUCCCCCAUCAUAUGUCAGUCCCGCCAUCGUGGGAAUUAACAUUGUGAACCUACGCUGCACUCCACCAACAGCAAUAAUGUCCUUCCUCAAAUUAGGAGACCCAAAUUGCACACAAUGCUCCAGUGCGGUCUCACCAGGGCCCUGUACAACUGCAGCAGGACCUCCCUGCUCACAAAUUCAAAUAGUAGCCCCAUUCUAGUUCAACUCUCCAUCAAGGGCAGUUGAUCUGCCUCCAGCAUGCAAGCGAUCCCAGCCUCACUAUGUCUGCCACUUCCAGGCUAUCUCCUUACCAGGUAGUUAUCUCACCCCCUCGGGUGGUUUAAAAAGCCAAUUAAUAAAUUCAUCCCUCAGAAAUUGCGAUAAAAUCUUUACACAGAAACCACCCCAGCAUAGCUUGAACAAAUAUUCAGUAUAGGUUGCUGCUAUAUGGACAGCGCUUUUCCAAAAACACAAAGAUACAGUAACAUGCUGGUAAUAAAAAUAUACUGCAUAGCAUGCAUUAUUAAAUGUACCUAGAAGCAUAAAUAAUAGGUACAAUUGCAAUUUAAUAUAUAGGUGAAUUCUUUCUAAGAAGCAAUCUUUCUAACCCUAAGUAUUGUUUUAUUUUGGGAAAAGCAUUUUAAUCUUCAGAAAAAUAAAUGACGGCUUGGGUUUUCACAAAUGUUUUCUUUACGUUGUGCUGACUAAUUUAUCUUUCCACUGGCAGGGUGUUAUUUGUUUUUCCUUUUGAGCAUCCUUUUAUCAGAUCAGCAUCACAAGCAGCAAAUCAGUAUUGUUUCUUGACUUAAUUGUUCAUUAGUUUUAAUAUUUUAUUCAAUGCUGUAUGUCUAUGAUUAGCUUUUAUUGAUAUUAAUUUGUUUCAGAAUUUGUACAACAUUUGGUUUCUGAGUUAAUUGAACACGUUUGGACCAGCAGGCUGUCAAUACAUGAUAGUGAAUGUUGCUGGGAUAAUUUUAAAAUGUACUGUAAACUGGAUUAAAUUUGGGUUAAAUUAUUGCAAAGAAUGUAGAGGUUACUUAACUUAGAAUGUGUGCUGUAUCACCCAAAUGAUGUAUGAAAUACUGCAUUAGAAUGGUUCUCAGAAGUCAAUGCACAGUAUUGACAUGUCCUUGCAUGGUAUCUGCAGCUGAGGAAUAUAAAUACUGUUAUCACAGUAUGAAUCUGAAAGUGAAUCUCAUUUAAAGGUACUACUGUAUGUUUUAAAAUGUGCCAAUACAAUCAAAUAUCUGCUUGUUUAAAUGUUGCCUAACUUCAUAGCUUUAAUGCCACUGUCCAUGUCUUGCUUGGGUAAAGGUUCAAAUAUUUUUUCACUAGUUUUGUUCAUUUUAUAGCUUUUCUGAGUUGUGCCUUUGUUGAGCUAUGUUACACUGUGGUCUGAUUUUAUAACAUGCUGGCCUAUUAGGAGUCCUGACAUAUGCCGAAUGAGACUUCAAAAUAAGCAAUGAUUUCCUAAACCAACAUUAUUCCCAGGUGAGCAAGGGUGAGAACUAUCAACAGAAAACCCUUUGAAAUAUUGGGUUCUGUACUCACUUUCCUGCUUGAUCUGGCUUUCAUGCAAACCUAUGCAUGCUGUCAAACUGCAAUGCUGAAUCAGGAGUUCUAAAAUGUAACACAACUUUUCACUUUGCAUAUGUAGAGCAAAUUGCAGAAACCUUUUAGAUAUGGAAACAAUAAAUACUGUAAAUGCCAAUUUUCUAUAUAUAACUCAAUUUGUUGAAAUAAAAUGAUUUUUUUUUAAUGAGAAUGCUUUGUAGCUUGUUGAUUUUAUUUUUGUUUAAGUUAGUCCAAAAACUGAAGGUCAAGUAUGUGUGCAAGAGACACAUGCCUAUUCAUGCGUGAAUCUUGGUAGACAGGAGAACAGCCAGAAUGUCCUAUGAAUGUACAAGUCAAGGCUGCAUCACUGAAUAAGAUUGAGCUAUGAGUCUGCAGUUGGAUUAAUAGUCCCAAGUGAUUACUUGGAUGAACAUAUAUUAGUAGACAAAGAUAUGAAAAUCUCAAAAAUGCUGCAUACAUUUGAUAGUUCAAGCUACAUCUGUGUUCAGGCAACAGAGUUAACCUUUAAAAUAAUGACUAUUCAGCUGAAUCGAAAGAUAUUGAAGACUGGAGAUUUGUGAUCAAAAGAGGAACAAAAAAAGUCCACAUUCCAGUGCCUACAAGGCCCCUAGAAUCAGUUCAACUCCAGGUUAUGUUCUUACAAAAUACAUUCAACUUGUUUCCCUGCAAGUAUUCCUCCACACUUCAUGCACCCAAUUGUAAUGUUUUCUUAUGUUUCUAUCUUUUGUUGAAGCUUUAGAACUAUGAAGCCUCUGCCCUCUAGUUUUAGAAUCCCCUGCUGAGGAAAAGGACAGCGAGGAUUACAAUGAAUGGCGGUGCUGGCUCGAGGUGCUAAAUGGCCUCCUCCUGCACCUAUUUUCUAUGAGUGUUCACUCUAUCUGUACCCCUCAUGAUCUUGUACACUUCAAUAAGGUCAACCCUCCGUCUCCUACUUUCCGAAGAAAAAUGUCCCAAACUAUCCAAACUCUUCCUAUAACUCAAGCCCAUAAAUCCAAGUAACAUCCUGGUGAAUCUCAUCUAGACCCUUUCCAACUAAACAUUCUUCCUAUAGCCGGGCGACCAGAGCUGCACACAGUACCCCAAGUGUAGUUUCACCAAUGACUGCUCUAGAUGCAUCAUGAUGUCCCGGGCUUGUACUCAAUACCUUUCCCAGUGAAAACAAGCAUGCCAAAGGUGUUCUUUGCCAUACUGUUCACCUGACUCACUGCUUUCAGGUAACCAUACACCUGUACUCCCAAAUAUCUUUGUUCCGCAGCACUAUCCAGGGUUAUGCCAUUCACUGUACAAAUCUGUCCAAAGUGCAUCACCUCACUCUGUCAGAGUUAAAUUCAAUUUGCCAUUUCUUGGUCCACCUUCCCAAAUUGUCAUAAAUCCUGUUGUAAACUUAGAUAUUCUUCCUUUUUGUUCCCUACACCAGCAAUUUUGAUGUCAUCUGCAAAUUUACCAACAAUGUUAACAACAUUUUCAUCUACAUUGUUAAUGUAGAUAAUAAACAAUAAUGGACCCAUCAUCCACACCUGUGGUAAUUCAUAGGCCUCUGAAUCAAAAAUAAACCUUCCACAACUAUCCUUUCACUCCUUCUGCCAAGCCAAUUUUGAUCUAAUUGGCUAGCUCACCUUGUAUUCAAUGCACUCUAAUCUUCCGAAAUAGUUUAUGUGGGACUUUGUCAAAGGCCUCGCUAAAAUACAUAUAGACAAUGUCCACUCCCCUGUCCUCAUCAAUCCUUUUGGUGACCUCUUCAAAAACUAUUAGAUUUGUGAAACACGAUUCCCCAUGCCAUGCCUGUCUUGUCUGCUAAUCUUGCUGUCUCUGACUACAGUAUUUGCCCCAACUUCUAAUCUGCCUCCUUUCUGCCCUGGUAUUACCCUCCUAUCCCCACCUACCAAUUUAGUUUAAACCCUCUCGAGUAGUAUUAGCAAAUCUCCCUCCCAAGGUAUUAGUCCCCCUCCAGUUCAGGUGCAACCUACCCCUCUUGUACAAGUCACCUCUGCCGCAGGAAAAUCUCCCAAUGAUCCAAAAAUAUA